GACGGUGAAUGAGGAAGAGAGUCAACCAACAGAUGGAGGCACAGCACAUGUAUUACAGCUGCUGUCAUGAGGAUGUGGUGAUGAAUUUACAGACACACACAAACAGACACACAGCCGUAUUCUUCUCAGAGAAGCACUUUCCUCACAUCAGUUCUUCGCGAUGCCUUCACCUGUGCAAACAUUUGGUUUGCUCUUCAUCGGUUUUUAUUGUCAGGUGAGCGCUGUUACUUUUCAACAGUCUCCUCCACAGAUAGUGAAGGAGAACACUGUGGUCCAGAUCAACUGCAGUCACAAUGAUAAUAACCUUCAAGUUAUGCUCUGGUAUCAGCAGAGACAGGACUGUCUGUCUUUGAACCUCAUUGGGUACGGCUAUGCAAUCGGCUCACAAAGCUAUGAGACUCAGUUCAAAGAACAAUUCAAGCUGAGCAGAGAAAGCACCACAACAGGAUCGCUCAUUAUUAACAGGGCAAACCUGUCACACACUGCUGUUUAUUUCUGCGCUGCCACUUGUAUCAGUGUGAACAACAACUACCCAGCUUACUUUGGCAGCGGCACUAAACUGACAGUGUUAGAGUUUGAUGUCGAACCACCAAAAGUGAAGGUGCUCAGACCAUCAGCGAAAGAGUGUCGAAACCCUCUGGACAAUGAAAGACAGAAGACCUUAGUGUGCGUGGCCAGUGGGUUCUACCCGGACCAUGUCAGUGUGUUCUGGCAGGUUGACCAUAAAAACGUCACCAGUGGUGUACUAACGGACGAAGCUGCCCUGCGGGUCGGCAACUCCUACAAAAUCACCAGCCAGCUGAGGGUCUCUGCCGAAGACUGGUACAAACCCGAGCUGAAAUUUGAGUGCUUCGUCAGAUUCUUCAAUGGGAUGGAAUAUAUCAAUUAUCCAUCAUCAAUCUUUGGGGAUACAGCUCCAGCUGACGUCCUAACCAAAGAAGAAUAUCUGAGGAUCACAACGAAAGCCAAACUCUCCUACGGUGUGUUCAUCGUCAAGAGCUGCGUCUACGGAGCCUUCGUGGCCUUUUUGGUUUGGAGACUUCAGAGUUCAGCUCAGAAGCAGAGGAACUGAGACCUGAGCGUGAAGGGAAAUGAACGGUUGCUUCAUGUAAAUAAAUCUGAGAACAAAAUAAUCCUAUAAAGCUGUGAGUUGCAGUGCAUUUGUAUUAGUAAAUAAAUAUAAACUGUUAAAAUUCUGCAUUUAGUCGAUAAAUCUGCUUAUUCUUUUCAAAGAUGUUAAAUCUAUAACCGGCCUGAAAACAAAAUAAUCUGCAGCAGACUUGUUUUUCGUGCUUUAUAAUUCUCUGUUUGCUGUUUGUGUUGUGCUGCUUGUGUGAUUCAUUUUCCUCUCAAUAAAAGCAACUCAAGGUAA